AUGUUUGACAAUCUUGACAAUCUUGGAAAAUUUUUUGUUAAGAUAGAAGAUUUAAGCAAUGAAUUAGUGCUAAAUUAUGCCGAUAAAAUUUUCAAAAAAUACCGCAAUACGGAGCAAUAUCUUAUCUUUGAAAAAGCCCAAAAUAGGCCUGAGGUUAAAGUAUUUGUUUUAGAGGCUAAUCUUUACCAAUUAUCUAUCCCCAACACGGAAAUCCGUUUAAUUGGCGACUUAAAACGCAACUAUUUCCAUACCAAAGAAAAACCCUAUAACGAUUUAUUUUCCGUUCUUUUCAUUGAUUUUGACCAUUCUUUACAUAAAAAUAUUGGUAAAUUAAGAGCCAAACAAGCGGAUUUAAUCUAUAAAAAUAUGAAAUUCCCAGAAAACAAAUUAACUUAUCUGGCUUUUGGUAUUGUAGCAGAAUUGAAUGAAAAAAGAUUAGAUUAUGUUGAAAAACCCAUUAAAAAAAGUUCAAGCAAUCAAUCUCAAAUUAAGCAGGCUUACGAAUUAGUGACCAAGGACUUAUUGGUUAAUCUAAAAAAAGCCAAAGAUGGAGCAAUUAUCAAAAUAGGUGAAUCUAAACCUGAACCUUUGGGUCUCAUGAAAAUGGUCGGACAAUCCCUUCCUUUUUUGCCCUUACUAUUCGAACAAUUCACCGGCCAAAAAAUCCCGCAAAUGGGAGGAACUAUGUUUGAAAUUCAAAUGACUUUACAGCAGAUAUUAGCCAAUCAACAAGCCCUUAAUCAGAGAUUAUCAAGUUUAGAGAAUAAUGCGGUCCAACAAUUCACUGCUUUAAAUCAACAAGUCCAGAGCAUUAAGUCUGUCAGACUAAGCCAUUCCAAAGAAACCAAAGCCAUUGAUUAUAAUCUACAAUCAGAACAGCAAUAA